AUGGAAUUAGAUGCAGCCGGUGAACAUAUGAAACUUCAACUCAAUGAGUUAGAAGAGAUACGAAAUGAUGCAUAUGAAAGUUCACGCAUUUACAAAGAAAAGACCAAAGCUUUCCAUGAUAAAAUGAUUUCCCGAAAGAGUUUUGAAGUAGAGCAGAAAGUUCUUUUAUUCCAUUCUCGUUUUAAAUUGUUUCCGGGUAAACUUAGGUCCAGAUGGAUUGGACUAUUUGUUGUUACUAAUGUGUUUGUGCAUGGUGCAAUUGAAAUUAUUAGUCUCAAAACAGGGCUGGUUUCUAAGGUCAACGACCAUUGUUUGAAACCAUACUAUGAGCAAUUUAUGACAGAGAAUCAGGAUAUGGUCGCAUUGAGUGAUCCACUCCCUCUGGAGGAGUAA